CCCAGUCACUCGGUCAAUCAAACAGAGAUGCAUGCUUUGUGGGUGUCUUUGAAGGACAAUGUGAGGUGUAAUGGGAACAAGGUGGCAGAUGUAGUUGGCCGGGCAUCUGAAAUACGUAACAGAAGAAACAGCAGUUCUGGAAAGGCAAAUUCUGGUGGUGAAAUUGUUCAUGGCAAAGAGACUCCGGCCCGAGAAUUGAUGCACCGCCGGGGAAGCUACACACAAGCACAGCUAUAUGAGCUAGACAUUGGAGACCCAUCAAGGAACGUCAUUGAGAUGAUUGUCCGAAGAGCAUCGGUAAAUCCAUCAGAGCCAUCAAACAGGAUUAAAAGGGUCCUGAGGGUGCAUAACUCCAUAGAAACGCUUGAAAGGUUUGAGAAGUACAGAGAGAUGGUAAAGAAGAUGGCCAAAGAGAGAUAUAUGAGGCAUCCAAGAAGCACAGUAGAUGGAAACGAGCUGUUGAGGUUCUAUGGCACAACGGUAGCCUGCUGCAGUGGCGAGUUGAAGCGAGUCUCUGAGCUUUGUAAGGCUCCAAAUUGUCAAGUUUGCAGGAUAAUUCAAUCAAACUUUUACACAGAAUAUAGCCUGAGCAAUGAGAUUCAACUGAGUACAAGUAGCGAAAAAUUCGGUGAAAAUAGCAUUACCAUCACAAGGAGGAACAAGAUAAAAAGGGCUGUAAUAGUUUGCAGGACAAUUGCAGGGAGCAUGGUUAAUAUGACAGACAAGGAAUAUGAAGAGUCUGAUUCAAUUGGAAGCCAAAAGCUGCUUUCCACUUCAGAAUAUUUGAUAGUGAGGAAUCCCUCUGCUGUACUUCCCUGUUUUGUCAUAGUUUUCACCUGAUAUGUAUUUGCUUGUAAGUUGGAAGCACAGCUCUUAUUUCCAUCAGUAGGCAUUAUGUAGCACAGAAAAGUUUAUCAAGUUUAGCU